CUGGAAAUGGAGCGAGCAUACACCGUGUCGGCACAACGUGAGCUUCAAAUUGUGAGGUAGAGCACCAAGUUUGACGUGUGGGUGCUAGUCGUUGCAGAAGCGCGAGACAGAGACCCAGAGAGAUCGAGGGAAGAGUGCUGUGUUUGAAUGAAUCUAAUCAGAAGAGUUUCCGCAACCCUCCCCCAUCCUAUUGGAUUUGCCUUCAGAUCCUUUAGAUUCCCGGGUGACUCCCUCGUUUCCUCGUCCUCUUCCACUCUCACCCAUGGAGUUCACGUUUUCCAGUGUCCUGAUGCCGUCGGGAUUGUUGCGAAGCUAUCGGAUUGCAUAGCUAGUAGAGGUGGGAAUAUACUGGGCGCGGACGUUUUCGUACCUGAAAACAAGAACGUGUUCUAUUCCAGAAGUGAAUUUAUUUUUGAUCCCGUUAAAUGGCCUCGGGAGCAAAUGGAUGAGGACUUUGUUAGGCUGUCAAAAAUGUUUAAUGCCAUGAGAUCUGUCAUCCGGGUGCCGGAUCGCGACUCUAGAUAUAAUAUUGCUGUCCUUGCUUCAAAGCAGGAUCAUUGCCUGGUUGAUUUGCUACACGGAUGGCAGGAUGGAAGACUUCCUGUUGAUAUAACUUGUGUAAUAAGUAAUCAUGAAAGAGGUGCGAACACCCAUGUGAUUCGUUUUCUCGAAAGGCAUGGCAUUCCUUAUCAUCAUAUACAUACAACGAUGCAGAACAAAAGAGAAGGGGAGAUCUUGGAAUUGGUUCAGAAUACUCAAUUUUUAGUACUUGCUAGGUACAUGCAGAUACUUUCUGGCGAUUUCUUGAAGAGUUACGGAAAGGAUAUAAUAAACAUUCACCAUGGCCUUUUGCCAUCAUUCAAGGGUGGGAACCCAUCUAAACAGGCUUUUGACUCUGGAGUGAAAUUGAUUGGUGCAACAAGUCACUUUGUGACUGAAGAACUCGAUGCAGGGCCUAUUAUUGAACAGAUGGUUGAGAGAGUUUCCCACAGAGAUAACAUGCAGAGUUUUGUGCAGAAAUCAGAGAACCUCGAGAAACAAUGCCUUGCAAAGGCUAUGAAAUCAUAUUGUGAGCUGCGAGUGCUACCUUACGAGCAAAACAGGACUGUCGUGUUUUGAAGGGAAGGAUCUGAAGUGCAAAUUAUAUUUUGUAGAAUAUCUGGAAUCACAUAUCUUGGCCUUUCGUUGGGUGCUCAUUACAAAUCGAUAUCCAUUUGGAAUGAUGUCCUAGAAAAGACGGAGUGGAAACUUGCUAGUUGGAAGCAGAUGUACUUAUCCAAAGGUGGUAGAAUCACACUCAUUAAAAGUACCCUAUCCAACAAACUGACUUAUUUCCUCUCUUUGUUUCCACUUCCAUUAUAGGUAGCUUACGACAUGGAGAAAAUAUAAAGCGGGAUUUCCUAUGGGGAGGCAUGAAUGAUGAGUUCAAAUUUCAUUUGGUAAAUGGGCCACCAUUUGAUCCCCAACUUAUCAAGGAGGCUUGGGUAACCAAAAUUUGCAACUUUUUAAUAAGGCGUUGUUGGUUAAAUGGCUAUAGCGAUAUCCCCUAGAACAUGGAGCUUUGUGGAUAUCAGUUUUAAAUUCAAAGUAUGGUAGAGUAUGGGGAGGUUGGUGCUCGAAUGAGGUAAGUGGAUCCUAUGGAAUGGGGCUCUGGAAGCACAUAAGACUUAGAUGGAAUAUAUUUUCUAGUUUUAUCCAUUUUGAGGUAGUUGACGGGUUUUGUAUCAAAUUCUGACAUGACAUAUGGUGUGGUGAUAGGGCACUUAAGGAAGCCUAUCCAGACUUCUUGGGUAUGAAGCCUCAAUCGCAUACCUCCUUCAUUAUUUUAAUGACACCCCGUAAUAGAAUAUGUCACAUUCUUUAGAGUUGUCCAAGAUUGGGAAGUUGAUGCAAUCUUUGAAUACAAACUUUCUUGGCACCCCUCGGCGAAAGGGAAGUUUACAGUA